UAACAGCAAUGCCGUGAUCUAAUAUUGGGUCUACUUGACGCACUUUCGGGUGAGGUUGUGAUUUUAUUUUUAUUUUUUUAAAUGCAUUCACUAAGUAUGUAUCUUCAACUAUGAGACCAUGCUCUCCGCUGUCAUAUAAGAAUAGAGACACGCCACCGGUAUGUCUCAUUUUGCCAAUAAAGUGUUAACAUCUUGCGCCCGUGGUCGCACGUUCUCCCCCUCCCACACCUUAUUUAAACAAGCAUAGGAUCUUUUCUUUGGUCUUUUGAAAACCCGUUGCACACAUUUCCGAACAGCUGGCAUCUCCGUUUAAAGAGACGCGAUGGCUUUGGCGGAUCCAGAGCGCGGCAUAUCAAACGGCGCAGACUCCACAUCUAUGUUUUCAGAGAUUAUUGAACUAAACGUCGGAGGACAAGUGUAUGUGACGCGGCACACGACUUUAACAUCCGUACCGGAUUCUCUCCUCUGGAACAUGUUUAGUAAGAAAACGCCGAAAGAACUGGCACGGGACAGCAAGGGUCGUUACUUUUUGGAUAGGGACGGUUUUCUUUUCCGCUAUAUUUUAGACUAUCUACGGGAUCUGAAUCUGGUUUUGCCCGACUAUUUUCCAGAAAAGAGUAGAUUGCAAAGAGAGGCAGUCUUUUUCCAGCUGCGGGACCUCUCAAAGCUCUUGAGUCCCAAAAUGAGUAAAGACAACUCUAUCACCGAUGACAUCUGCCAAAGUGACUCGGAGGAGCUGUCGCUGCAGAGCGCGAGCGCGACUCCGCUGGUCGGACCGGAAUCCUCACGCGCGCUGUCCGUCAUCAGCACCGCUCAUUCUCCAUCCCUUGGUUCCAAGAAGUCCGGCUACAUCACGGUCGGUUACCGGGGUUCGUACACGAUCGGAAGAGACAUACAGACAGACGCUAAAUUUAGGCGCGUUGCGAGAAUCACGGUGUGCGGAAAAACUUCUCUGGCUAAAGAGGUGUUUGGAGACACUUUGAACGAGAGCAGGGACCCGGAUCGACCUCCGGAGAGGUACACAUCACGGUACUAUCUGAAGUAUAAUUUUCUCGAGCAAGCUUUUGACAAACUGUCCGAGUUUGGCUUUCAUAUGGUCGCGUGCAGCUCGACUGGCACGUGCGCCUUCUCCAGCAAUGAUCCAAAUGAGGACAAAAUCUGGACGAACUACACAGAAUACGUUUUCUGUCGAGAAUGAGCCCAUACUAAUUACAUGAAAGUGUGUUAUAUACAUUACAUAUAGGCUUACAUUCCAAUGUGAGACGCAUUCAAGUUAAAGUUUGGUCUUUUUUUUACUUUUAGUAUUUGAUACUACAUGUAUUAUAACCAGUAAUGGAUGAAUGCAGAAUAACUAUUGUGAUGAAUAACUAUAGUUAUUGUGACGAGACCAUGGUAUAUUUUCACUAUAAAUAAAACCAAAAACCUUUGACUACUAUGGUUAGUUUUUGCAGAUGUUUAAUAUGUAUUAAUUGAGCUUGUACAUACUGUAUAAAACACGAAAAAUACUUUAUUUAUCUUUGUAAAGGUUUUAUGAAUUCUUAUAAUGUUGUGUUGUCUCAUAUUUUGACAGAUUGCACUGGGAAAUGCAUUUACCAAAUCCUUAAGCAACAUUUAGGAGAAACAUUCGUUGUGUUGGUUGGACUACUCGAUCUCAGUAACAUUUUCACUAAAUCAGUCAGGUUUUGUUUUAUAGACCUACAGUUAUUAAAAUCAGUAUUGUAUUGAUAUAAUUUUUGCACAUAUUUCUUUAUAUCAUUAGAAGUGGUCAUUAUUUGCCUUAACUCUUAGUGUUUUGUCCAUAUUCUUGUUUAAACAAAGUGUUUAUUCCAGCUGUAAACAUCUUCUAUGUGGUGUGUUCAAAGAAAAUCAAUCUUUCAAUAAACUAUA